CGCCAAAAUCGUACUCGUACUUGGUGUCGCAGUGGGCAACCCGCACCUUGGUGGUUGGGCUGCUGCGAGCAUGGAGGGGUUUUUUUCUGCCCCUCUUUGCCGUCCGCCAAAAGGCGGUACCUUUUUUUCUUAAAACUCCUCAUACACUUGCUCUCCCCUCUUCUCUCCUCUUCUUCUUUUCCAUUCUCCCCUUUACAGACUCUUUUGUCUUUUUUUUCCUCUCUCAUCUUUUCAUCCCUUAUCCCAAUUGUUCUUCUUUGAACUCCUUCUAAUCACAAUGUCUGCUCCCGCCCACACCUUCAAGGUCGCUGACCUUUCCCUCGCUGCCUUUGGCCGCAAGGAGAUCGAGCUCGCCGAGAACGAGAUGCCUGGUCUCAUGUCCAUCCGUGAGAAGUACGCUGCUGACCAGCCCCUCGCCGGUGCCCGCAUUGCUGGCUGCCUGCACAUGACCAUCCAGACUGCCGUCCUCAUCGAGACCCUCACUGCCCUCGGCGCCGAGGUUACCUGGACCUCUUGCAACAUCUUCUCUACCCAGGACCACGCCGCCGCUGCCAUUGCUGCCGCUGGUGUCCCCGUCUUCGCCUGGAAGGGUGAGACCGAGGAGGAGUACAACUGGUGCCUCGAGCAGCAGCUCGUUGCCUUCAAGGAUGACAAGAAGCUCAACCUCAUCCUUGACGACGGUGGUGACUUGACCUCCCUCGUCCACACCAAGUACCCUGAGAUGCUCAAGGACUGCUACGGUGUCUCUGAGGAGACCACCACUGGUGUCCACCACCUCUACCGCAUGCUCAAGGAGGGCAAGCUCCUUGUCCCUGCCAUCAACGUCAACGACUCCGUCACCAAGUCCAAGUUCGACAACCUCUACGGCUGCCGUGAGUCCCUCAUUGACGGUAUCAAGCGCGCUACCGAUGUCAUGAUUGCCGGUAAGGUCGCCGUCGUUGCCGGUUUCGGUGAUGUCGGUAAGGGCUGCGCCAUGGCCCUCCACGGCAUGGGUGCCCGCGUCAUCGUCACUGAGAUUGACCCCAUCAACGCCCUCCAGGCUGCCAUGGCUGGCUACCAGGUCACCACCAUGGAGAAGGCUGCCCCCAUUGGUCAGAUCUUCGUCACCACCACCGGCUGCCGUGACAUUCUCACUGGUGUCCACUUCGAGGCCAUGCCCAACGACGCCAUUGUCUGCAACAUUGGUCACUUCGACAUUGAGAUCGACGUUGCCUGGUUGAAGGCCAACGCCUCUUCCGUCCAGAACAUCAAGCCCCAAGUCGACCGCUUCCUCAUGCCCAGCGGCCGCCACAUCAUCCUCCUUGCUGAGGGUCGUCUCGUCAACCUUGGCUGCGCCACUGGCCACUCUUCUUUCGUCAUGUCCUGCUCCUUCACCAACCAGGUCCUUGCCCAGAUCAUGUUGUACAAGGCCAACGACGAGGCUUUCGGCAAGAAGUACGUCGAGUUCGCCAACACUGGCAAGAUGGAGGUCGGCGUCACCGUCCUUCCCAAGAUCCUCGACGAGGAGGUCGCCAAGCUCCACCUUGCUCACUGCCAGGUCGAGCUCAGCACCCUCACCCCCGUCCAGGCCGAGUACCUUGGUCUCCCUGUCGAGGGUCCCUUCAAGGCCGAGAUCUACCGCUACUAAGCGUAUGUACUACUAUCCCGAAGCCCUUCAACCGGACUUGCUGGCGUCACUAAAGGCGUCAGCUGUAUCGGGUCUAUCUUGUGUUUUCAACAGCAUAAAAUUUUGCGAGCAUACAGGCUUCCGGCGGAUAUAAGGCGCGAGCUUUUUUGAUUUUAUUUCCUUUGUUACCUUUAUUUGCUUUAACAGGUGUUGAUACGGAAAAAGCAUUGGGCGGUUUUUACAAAAAAAACCUAGUAGCGCUCUCGCCGGGUGGAUAAUGGCGUGCAGCCCGGAACAUAGAAACGAUGUGCUUUUUCAACAAAAUGGCGUUGGGUUAUUUGGCUAAUGAUUCCCCCCAAAAAUCAUACGAGAGACGAAAUAAGAAUGAGGAAAACGGCCCAGAUGCUUGAUACGAUUCUCUAGCGCAGCUUGGGCUCAAGACUAGCACGGAGAAUGGCCCGUCAACCGUGGCCUAUUUAUUGUUGUUAGUUGACGGAUUUAAUACUAUAUUCAGUUGACAU